AUGUUAAAAUUCGGAACAACUUCAGUCGCGACUCAUGCAAAAAGGCCGGAGAAGCCAACUUUGGAAUCCGGAGAGACCCCACGCAAGGCUGGGAAAGAGGCUUGCGAAACCAGGUCGUCUUAUUGGUCUCGAACGCCCAUUCCCGACACGCUCGCGUGUCCAGGAUGUCGAGAGAUGCUGGCAAAAGUCUGCCUCAUUACCCUCUUCGCGCCGCUACUGGUCAGUAUAUUUCCUAGGACCACUGGCGCUAUCAUUAAGCUCUCUCAAUCUGCACGCAAACUCCUACACGUCGCCCUGAAAUUCUGUGCCUAUUUUAAGAGUUCAAUCACAAGACCGAGGAAGCUGAUUGUGUGUGCAGCCGAAUAUGGGCGCCGAGGAGCUGAUGGACGAUCCGCAAGCGUACCGUCGAGUGGGAUGCCCGGCGGGGAUAUACGAGUGCGACUUAGCUAUGCUCCGGAAAAGCAGAACAGCGUCCAAGUUGGGGGGGAAGGGACCCUCAAUGGUACCAGAUGGGAAGUAAGACGGGAUCAAAACCUCUUCCUAAAUGUUAAGGGCGGUGAUGGCGGCAAUGGGGGUCGAGGAGAGAAUGGGCAGCAAGGCGGCCAAGGUUCAAGAGGACUUGAUGCCACCAAACACUCGGAUGCGACGCCCGGAGGACCAGGUGCGCCUGGUGGAAAUGGCGGCUACGGGACUGACGGGGCCAAUGGCGCGGACGCUGGAAACAUCUUUAUAACAGUGGCAGAAGAUGACCUUGACACCUUGUCUUCAGUAUUCUGGGAACUGAACGGUGGCAAGGGCGGCUUCAGUGGUACCCAUGGGCAGCCCGGAGAGGGUGGCGUUGGCGGUCAAGGAGGCCGUGGAGGCAGAUGGGACGAUCGAGUGGGCGACCACACUAGAACUAUAACACGAGGAAAUGCUGCUUCUGGCCCUCAGGGCCCACCUGGGAUGCCUCCUGCUACCUACCUCUCAGGCGGACAAAGUGGAAGGACAGGGUCUUCCCAAGUCAGAGUGAUCAAGCGAGACCUUACCGAGGCGACAUAUCCCAAGCGAUACAUGUUGAAGGUAGUGAGCUUCGAUGUAGUGGACGAGAACGAAGACGCCAUAAACGAGCCUGGAGAGCACAUCUAUAUUAGAAAUCUCAUCGUCGAGAACUUUGGUGGAAUGCCUUCGCCGAAAUAUAACCCCAUCAAGAUUGCUGUUCAUGGUUCGGAAUGGCUUGAGCCCGUAACAGCUACGUUUUUACCGGAGGAGAUUCAGGUGGGAGCACGCGUGAAGGUUCCGGGUGAAAUCAAGGCUCUGAUCAAGAACGAAACGGCCAAUAGAGCACCCAGCUCCAGUCUUUUCAUACAUCACGAGGUUUCUCUAAUUGCGUCAUUUGAGCGAUUGGAGAGGGCUCUACCCGAGUUCCAUGUAGGAGGCGGAGCUCCCAUUCAAAUCCAGUACCCGCUUCAACUGUCACCUCCAAGACAUCUUGACUGUGUGGCGAAGGGCGAUAACGUCAGGUUCUCGUGGACACUGAAAAACAUCUCCACAAAGCCCUAUGGAGUCCAAACGCAACAUGGACGCUACGCAGCUACCCGGCUGACUGAUCCUGAUAGCGUCUUCAACCUGAAAUAUGCUAGUGGAGAGAGUUCUGCAGAUGACGUGAUCGAUGAGCUUCUUCCAGGUGCUGAGGUUCCCAUUGACCAGGACUUGAUGGUUUCCAGUUCGGCUAUGGAGUACAGCGACAGUGUCCUUACGCUCGACCUAAUGCUCUCUGACCCCUCUAAGGUUCAGAAAGGCACGCCAUCGGUCCUUUCAGCCCGAUCGGUAAUGACACACUUGAUCAAAAUGCAAAUCUCCGGCAUAUACCAGUACAAUCCCAGAUCAAGAUACUUGCUGGUGGUCAAUUCCGGAACGCCCAAUAAGGCCAUCCACCAGAUCAUCAAGUUCAUUCGGACUGGGCUUCAGCUCGAUGUGGAUAUAUACAACAUCAGUUUGACUGGGUCUUUCAUCGAUCCGGAGACCAAUACUAAUGUACUCAGCCGAUACGAAGGCAAGAGCAUUAUCAUCUACGGGAAUUCUCUUCCAUAUUUCCGCGCGGGCAAUAGGAACCCAUGGGAUCUUAUGGAUGCUUGGGAAGUGUGCCGACUUGCUAAGGCUGGAACGAAUUUCCUGUUUGCGAGUGCUACAGACCCCAACAGCCUUCACCAGUGGGGCUCGGUAUUAGCUUUCCCUACUCCAAGCACUGCUACUCCAUCAAGCAUCAAUGCUGAAAACCUUGCGAGCUUGCUUGAAAAUCUGAAGCCUGGCAAAUCGGCUCCGGACAAUACGCAUACAUACCACAAAUUUACGGCGAAAAUGAAUCCGGCCUUUGGAUGUUUCAGCAAUCUAGAGAGCACUCUGCUGAAGAACUCGCACGCUGCGGCCAAGAAACUUAACAAAGCUUAUCCCCUUCGUCGAUAUAUAGCCAGGCCGGAUCUUGUUACGGAUGCCAAAAAGUCUUCCGGGUCUGUCAUCGUCUCUGAAGGAUUAUCGAAAUCCGCGAACAUCCUGGCAUCAAAACUCCCACAUCCUGAGCUCGAGUGGAUUACAGAGUAUCACAUGUACACGAUUGUCUCAUGUUUACCGUUCAGCGAUCAAGCGCGCAUUUUCUGGAAUCUUGUAGGCCAGUGGGACAAGCAAGGGCUCCCAUCGACAACAGUCUACAAUGGACUUCCCCAUCUUCUAGAGUCCAAGCCUAUCGACCUCCCGGUGUAUGCCAUCAACGAAAAGGUCUUCACCGCGAUUUGCAUGUCGAUCGAAUUCAAGAUUGGCACGGAAAUCACCAGAUACUGUGACAAGCCGUCGUGGCCUUCUCCAAUAUCUGCCGCGGACAUAAUGGCCCAUCUCCCACUCCUAUCUCAGCUCUUCACAGUAACACCUCCAUCUACCCUUUUAUCCUCGACCGAGCGCUCCGAAUUCCUCGUCAGCACCCUAGGCACAAUCGCCGGAGCCCUCCGGCCCAUCGGCUUUAGUCAAGGCUGGAAUAACAUCUUCGGCAUCAAGAUUCGCAAAAGUCAGGUCCGGUCUCAAACCACGCAAUCCAUGAAUCUCGCGCUCAGCCGCAUAUUCGCCCCAGAUGCCCUCUCGACUGUGCAGAAGUCGAUCCAGACAGCAGCCAAAGACACGAAGCAAGCCAUCAAGAAGUCCAAGCAACCAGACAACAACCUCAGCCUAGUCUUGCGCUCGAAGUUUGACGCCUUCACCAAUACGACUGGUGCGGUACCGGAUGACUUGACAGAGGGCACGGCAACGAACUACACUAUCUCUCAGGGCUGGUCGAGGAACGAUUUAUUGACGCAUCGACAGAAGCAUGCUGGACGGCAUAACAAGAUAGUUGCAGAUGAGGCACACAGCAGGAACGUCAUUGCUGAGCAUCUCAACCCCGAGGAUGAAGACGAGGAUGAAGAUGGGGAUGAAGACGAGAUUCGGCGUCAUGAAGUGCCACCUUCGACUCAGACAGGAGCGGCCUAUCACGAAAAGGCCCAGCAGGCAUUUGUCGAACAGGUCAUGGCACAGUCCUCGAAUGCGCUCUCUCCAACGUCCCCAGUGGAGAUGCCAACGCCUGCCUUCAGCCCAGUCUCUCCGGUGACUCCAGCUGAGCUGCCGAGCUUUGACCCGGACAAGAUUAGCACUAUCGUCACUGUCGCGCCUGCCGAGCUUCCGGCUUCACAGAACGAGAAGCUUGCCGCUCAACCUACGGUGACAGCCGUGGAGCUUCAAGCAAACUAAGCUCAAAGAUCUGAGAGGCUUGAUUGAAUAGUCUAGGACGCGAUAUGAAGACUCUACUUCUUGAGUAUUUGUAUUUAUGUAUUUCGCCUUUGCCGUUCGAAGCUUGUACUAAGCUGAAGCCUUUUACUUUGUCAAAUUUCAGUAGCAUCUGCUCAAGUGCAUCUCUUCCUACAUAUGAAAUCUCGUUUGUUAUCGAUCAACUUUAAACAAGUAGCUUGAUUUCAUAGCUAAUUAACUUCGGAAAUUCCAAGUCCGAAAACCCCUCG